AUGAACUCUUCUUUAUCACCAGCAUCGAGAGUUAGGGGAAGAAAACAAACAAGUUUUGCACGACCGAAGACGAAGGUUUCAAAAACGACGAGGACGUUCAGAGGGCGAAAGGGUGCGUGCGUUACCACCGCCGGUAUAGACACGAAAAGAGACGUUGUUUUAGUUUUAGGGUGUUUAGAUCGAACGGCGCAGUGCAGCGCCGAACAGUUAUCUAUGAAUGAAAAGUCACAAGGCGCUCGCGUUGUUUCCGUAUUUCCAGCGCAAGCGUUUGAGGGGAUCAAAAACCCACUCGAUGCCAUGGCGAAGGAGUUGGUGUAUCCGAAUGAAAAAGUCAUCGACGCGAUGAACGAAAUCGAAUACGUGGAAGUUGUGAGCGACGAAUCGAAAGAGUUUCAGAAAGCUCUUCCAAACGUGACGGCGGUGAUUAUCGCGGAUGAGUUUGCGCCGAACAUGUUGAAAUCGACUGAAAACGUCAUCUCGUUGAUCAAAGAUAAUAAGCUCCCAAAGUUGAAGCGCGUCGUGGGCUUGUCUCACAUCGGCAUCGAUCGACGAGAUCAAGAUCCUUACAAAAUGAUGAAUAGAAAAGUAUUUCGAGGAGGCGCUAUAUUAGAUAGGUGGUCAGACGCCGAGGAAUUGAUCAAAGCGACGGCGCCGAAAGGUAAUCCGUUGGAAGUUAAAUGGACAUACACCAUUGUUCGCGUCGGCGAUUUGCGAGGAAACGGACCGUGCUCGGUCGUUUAUGGAGAUGCCAUGUUAACUUUAGUCGAUAACGCUUUCGAUGUUCGCAUGCAAGACGUAGACAUGGAGCCUGGGGACAAAUUUGAUGGUUUCACAAAACGACUAUCAGCGGCGUGCGUAAUGAACAGAAUGUUAACAAGUACGAAAGUUUCCGUGUUGAAUCAAACGUUUAGCUUGAUUAGCGUUGGUCCCGUGCCAAGAGAUCGACGAAAAGGCUAUGAUGUCGCAAAAGGUAGAUCGCCGCCACCUAUUCGAGACGAAGAAAUAGACGAAGCCGUGCAACCUAAGGGAGAAGAGGAGGAACAGGGUAGUGUCGAAGGAGCUCCCGUACCCACAUAA